CUAGCUGCUUUUAAGACUUCUUUAGGAGAAUCGCAUAAUCUCAGAUGCGAGAUAUCAAAACGCAAACACGCCCUUCAAUGAUCCUUCGGAGCGUCCUCUCCACUGCAAACCUUCCCUCCCAAUCUUGUGACACGAAACGCGAAAUACGAAUAUUCAGCUUGGUGGGGCAUUUCCAAACCCAAUCUCUGAGUCUUGGCACUCCACAAUUUACCUCGACUCUUUAACAUGUCCGUUGUCGUCGAGCAAUACAAUCCGGAAUGGCCUCAGCACUUUGAAAGAAUUAAAUCAACGUUGAAACUCUUUCUCAGUGAAGUUGACGUGCUCUCUAUUGAACAUGUCGGCAGUACAUCCGUUCCCGGACUCGCCGCGAAGCCCAUCAUCGACAUCGACAUUAUCGUAACCAAAGAGAAUCUCGACGAUGCUGUGUCUGCCUUAGUCAGGCAUGGUGAGUUCACAUAUCUCGGCGAGCUUGGGAUUGUAGAUCGACAUGCGCUCCGCGACCCGGAUCAGCGGCCACCGAGGAAUAUAUACGUCUGCGUCGAUGGAGCGUUCCAAACUCGAAAUCACCUCAGUGUCCGAGAUACCCUCCGCUCGAAUCCAGAGCUUCGAGACGAGUACGGUCAAAUCAAACUCCAACUUGCAGCUCUAGAUCUAAAUAUCGUUGAUUAUAUCGACGCGAAGAGCAGCAUCAUACAGAAGAUUCUCACAAAAGCUGGUCUUUUAGCGACAGAGGAACUCGCAGCGAUCCACGCCGUAAAUAAAAAAGGCCAUCGCCAGGGAGCAAUCAAAACGAAUCGACUCGUACUUCGAGAGUUUGUUAUGAAGGAUGUGGCUCCUUUUCAUGCUCUCGAAUCUAUCCCUGAGGUCGUUCGAUAUCAGACUUUCGAGCCAAGGACUCUAGAGCAGGCGAAAGAAGAGGUGGUGAAGAUUAUUCAGAACUCUUGCGUUACGCCCCGAGCCCACUUUGAAUUGGCAGUAGUUCACGAGGGCAACUUCAUUGGUCGAGUAGGAGCUCUGCUCAAGCGUACAGAUGAACAUGGUGAAGCGUUGAAUCUACCACACGCUAACCUGUGGUUCUCCUUCAUACCUGAAUCGCACGGAAAAGGUUUUGCGACUGAAGCAAUGAGAGCUUUCAUUCCCGUACUCCCUAGCCCUAAUAUACUAGAAAUUGAGUGUGAUCCAAGGAAUACCGGGAGUUGGAAGAUGGCUGAGAGACUGGGGUUCAAGAAGGUGAGUUUGACGGAAAAGGCAUAUGAGUGCAAGGGGGAAUGGGUGGAUUCGUUAGUGUACCAGAAGACGGUGUGGGUUAGUGCUGACCUGUAGUUUCUGCCCGAAUGUUCGAAAUAUGAUCCUUAAGUCAAGAAGUCCUCUCACUCCUUUUCGUCAUUGUGUCUUGUCUUCAUAGUCGCGCAAGUUCGGCUCCUGAUUCUUUCUUCCAAGUCAAUCCAGAAGGCAGCUAGCGUGUAACAUGGCAAACUCAAUCUAUAGUAAGGCUAAAC